GGCCAUACGCAAACUCCCUUGCAAACAUCUCGCACGAGACUUCACGAGUCAACUGUCAGCCAAGGCCCCACUGCUUGCCUCGAGGUAUAGGGAUGUUUUCUAGUGACUGGUGGAUUGGAUUAACCGCUGUGGUUCUUUGGACAUGUUUGUUUAGUGACGGAAGAUGCACGAAGAUUUCAAGAGACCCUGACAGCUCAGUACAAGCUCACAGAGGGAGACGAUCUUCUAUCGUCGAAGAACAAGAAUUGCCGUCUUGUGGCGGUAACUUGUCGGCAACGUCUGUCCGAAGCCAACUGACCAGUCCAAAUUAUCCGGAUGAUUACCGGUCCAUGGAGUCCUGCAGAUGGACCAUUACGGGCGAUGGAAAUGUCACGGUGUUUCUCAAGCUGGUGGAGAUUGAAAAACCUAAGGAAGAGGAGGAGGAUUCGAUGUGUCCGUACGACUACUUGGAGAUACAAAUAGGCGUUCCCCCACAACCCCUCGAGAGAGUUUGUGGCAACGUCGUCAACUACCUCAUAGUCACCAACGCCACUAACGUCACGCUGAUAUUCAGAUCGGACGAAGAAUACACAGAAAAAGGAUUCCUGCUGGAAUACUACACAGACAACGUACACGGAAGGGACAUGUCGCAGCGCGGUUGUUCUAGCACACUUGUUGAAGACAGGGGCAACUUGACCAGCCCAAAAUAUCCGCUGAAAUACCCCGAAAACAGCAACUGUUCGACUCUGAUCACUGUCCAACCUGGAAAUGUCAUUGUCAUCAAAUUUCAAGAAAUAGUCCUGGAGUACGAAAAAUCCUGCCCUUUUGACUUCGUUGAAGUCUACGAUGGACCUUCACACGAGUCCCCACUUCUGGGGCGGUUCUGCAGCAAUUUGCAGAAGCGCGUCUUACGGUCGACCGGCCAUAAUGUCCUGGUGUACUUCAGGUCCGACGAUCUGAUAAACCACAAAGGGUUUCUUCUUGAAUACGAAGUGGGGUCAGAAGACCUUGUGGUUUCCACGGAAGGAGACUGUGCGCUUGCACCGAAAGUUCACAAUGGCACAAUCAGUUUCUCGGAUGAUGGGACAGCAUGGCCCGUUAACAGCAGCUGCAUUGUGGAACUGGAAGCGCCACCGGAUUUUAGGAUUUCAAUUUCAGUACUCAACGUGUCCGAGGCUGCACCCCCUCUCAACUGCAGCUCCCACUACUUCCAACUCUACGAUAACCUGUCUAACGAGACCUGGACUCCGAUGUCUCGUUUCUGCGCUGACAAGUACAACAGUACGCAAGAGAUACUCUCGACCAGUAACAAGAUGCGCCUAGAAUUCUACAGCGAUCACUUAUCUAGUCACUUCCGCCAUUUUCUGGCAAGGUACAAGCUUCUUUCGCUCGACUCUGUCGAGAGCAACCAACCCGCAAAAGAAGAGGUCGUUGUUCCAGCCAGUCAACUGAUUGAGGAAAUUCCUACAAACGCAGGAGUACCGCGUGAGGACAGUCACAUUAUAAAAUGCUCUCCAAAGUUACCGGAUGCACAGGUUACCUGGAAGAAGGACAACACUGUUCUGAACGGUUCAAUGCCGUUGCAAGAUCUCUACAUGGUGUCUCCAACAACCAUAUGGAUUCGUAAGAUGCACAGGAAAUUGAAGGGCCGUUACACGUGUAUCGUGAGACAGGAUAACAGUGUGGCUGAGGCACAUGCCACCAUAAUCAUGAAGAACGCGAACCGUCGUCGUGAAUGCGACAUAUCCUUUUAUAAGACGAUGGACGAUCAACGCCUCACCGAAGGUGCGUUGGCCAUCAUGCAGUGUGUUGUCACCAACGUCCCUCCUUCGCAAGUGAAGAUCACCUGGCUUCAGAACGGACUUCCGUUUCCUGAAAGUCCCCGGUAUACUAACGUAGAAGGGAUUGGAAUGGUGUACAUUAAGGAUGCUACGCCUAAGGACUCAGCAGCCUACACGUGCCGCGUCACCGAUCUCCGCAACAACUGCAGCAUUGAGAAGUCUGCCCUACUCAGGGUAGCAGCGCCCGCUAACGUCGAAGAAAUCUGUGGUAAGCCUUUUGCUGGUGAACCUCGUUUGGACAAGCCUCAUCAGGAACAUGGGAAGAUUAUCGGGGGCAAAGACGCCAUCAAGGGAGCCUAUCCAUGGCAGGUGAUGUUCUGGAUAGAGAAUCGAGAUGCCUUUUGUGGUGGAACCCUCCUGAACAACCAAUGGGUAUUGACUGCUGCUCACUGCUUCACCACGUACGACAUCCCGAUCAAGCAUGUUGAAGUUCGACUUGGCAAGCACGACCAGUACAUCGUAGAAACGGAACAGUUUGUCACGUGGAUCAAUGAGCUCCAUUUGCAUCCAAAGUUCAACUCCAGUAGAACGGGAGCAAAGUUCGACAACGACAUAGCAUUGGUUCGGCUUGGAGACAGCGUCGAUGUCACGGACUACAUCAUACCCGUGUGUCUAGGCAAAGACGUAGACCUCAGCCGAGAGUACUUCAACGAAACCGUAUCGAGGCAAGGCACUGUGAUAGGAUGGGGGCAGCUAACAGAAUCCGGAGAACGUCCGCGAUACCUGAAGGAGAUACGCCUGCCUAUAGUGGAUGAGAAGACUUGCCAAGGCGCCAUCAAGGACAAAAUCUGGGUAACUCCAAACAUGUUCUGCGCGGGCUACGAUCAGGAAAUCGUCGGAGACGCCUGUCAGGGUGACAGUGGAGGUCCUUUCUUAGUCGAGAAGGACGAAAGGUGGUACAUCAUUGGCAUCGUCAGCUGGGGCGAAGCAUGUGGCAAGAAAGGUCACUACGGGUACUACACCAAAGUGACAAACUACCACGACUGGAUUCGUGACACCAUUCUGUAUUGAAUGCACACUAUAUGGUUUGUAGAUGGUGCACAAGACGGUGAAAUACACUGUUGUAUUGAA